AUGGCUCGACCUCACUCUGGUUACGGUGGACCUGAAGACUUCUCUCCUGGGGGCCAGCAACAGCAGCACAUCAUCAACAUGGGUCCUUCAGGGGUGGAUCCAUCGCGGCAGCUACCCUCGCAUCACAGCGCUGCUGUGGCUGCUACUUCUCAUCGGCAACUCUCACCGAUGCACCACAAUUCGCAGUAUGCUCCUCGUGACGUCCAGUCCACAAGCCCUCGAGGAGCUCCCUAUGGAAUGGACACGCUGAGCGCACUCAGCGCGACCUCGCCUGUGGGCUCGAACAAUGUGGCGACCUAUGCCUCACCAAGACUUGCUCAAGCGGGAGGUCUGGGCGCAGGUUUGGCACCUUCUAGCGGCAGCGGCAGCGGCAGCAGCGGGGCCAAUUUGGGGCGAAGUCAGUCUCUUGGCCACGCAGCUUACCAACAGCAGAGGCAAGCGCAAACAAUGCAACAACAGUACGGGCAGCAAGGGUCACAGCACGGCAUACAUCAGCAAAUGCCUGCGUCCAGCCCAGCUUCCCAGCAGAGCUAUGGCGAUGCGGGAGGAGGGUAUCACAGAUCAAGAGAACAUGCUCAGCCGUCCUACUCGGAGGGGUCCACCUCGUAUGGUGUUCCCGCGCAUGCGCAGUCUGGUGGACCUUCUGGCCUCAGCUUGCUUCCCACCAUCAGCAAUCAAAUACAAUCGGGCAGUUUGAGCAGUCCGUAUAGCCCGCAUAGAAACUCCAUGUUCGAGACAUCUCCCAAUGCGAGUCAUACGUACGCUGCGCAGCCACCUAUGUCGCGCUCACCGGCUUCAGCAGCACUCAGAUCGCCAUACGCACCGCCGUCAACUGCAGCUCAUGGCAAUCUGAGUCCGAGCGCGCCCUAUCAUCCCCAGCAACAAGUGGCGCAUCAUCAGUCCUCGCUACAUCAGCGGCCAGUGAGCAUGCUCGACUCGUCCACGUACGGCAGCUCGCCUCGUAGCGCGUUCACGGACACCUCUGGCGCUAGCCCAUCUCAAAGAUAUUCACCUCUGCACGCGUCGACAAGUAGUGGAAGAUCAGGACUGAGAACGGCCACGCAUGAUGGGUCCAGUUCUGGUUUGCCCUUGCAUCACUUGUCCGGCUCUGGCUCAGGAACCGACAGCCUACCUUAUGCCUUUUCACCUGGAUCACAGGUGCACAGCACGAUGAGUCCAGCGAUGCAGAGCCCUUAUCAGCCGCUGCACGCUUCCGCAGGUCCUCCCCGUAACGCACUUCCAGCAGGCUCAGCUGGUUCUUACGUCUUGCCAUCGGCCGAAAGGGAUAGACGGGCAAGUAUGGUCGCAUCUAGCUUUGCUCCUGGUGCAACGGAGGGAAGGGAAUGGAGGCAAUCUGUGGGAUCGGCGGCGAAGCCGUCACACCGAAGACCACCUCAGGAGGGUUUCCGCAAGGUCAGAGAGUUGGGUGAUUUGAGACCCAGCUUGCAGGUUGCGCAGCAAGGGGCUGGUCGAAGAGCUGAUCCUGCAGGUGGUCAUGUCAGCGUGAGUCUUGAGAAGGCGUCGAUCGGCGCGAGGCGAGGCGAUCGAGGAACAUUGAGGUCCAGUUCAGCGGUUCUAGAUAAGAGUCUGUCUGAUCCCGAAUGAGAGCUGAAAUCUGCUUAUCCCUACUCCUCACAGCCGCUCAAAGCGGUAACAACAUACCUGCAUCACACCUAUCAUCUGGUCAAUCCAGCUUUUGUCUACGAGCUGUCGUUUAAUCCCAGACGAGUCUUGACCAAGCCAAGCAAGCCUAUGCAUAAUGACGGAAUGGACAACGAGGACAGCGAUUACAUCCUCUACGUCAAUGACUUUCUUGGUGCAGACGAAGGCAACAGGUGAGCUGCAAGCGCCAGAGCGUGCAGAGUGCCUGGAGUGUGCUGAUGUCCCUUCGCACCUACUCGGGCCACGUGAUGGCGCAGAUACCUGAUCCUUGAUGUGUUAGGCCAAGGCACAUUUGGACAGGUUGUCAAGUGCCAGAACAUGAAGACGCACGAAAUUGUGGCUGUCAAGGUGAUCAAGAACAAGCCUGCUUACUUCAGUCAGAGCAUGAUGGAAGUGACGAUUCUGGAGAUGGUGCGUGUGACUUCGCGAUCUCGCUACGAUAUGUGCGCUGACGUCUGAGCAUUGAUCACGAACAAACUUUAGCUCAAUGGAAGCUGGGAUCCGAAUGACGAGCAUCACAUUCUGAGGUUGCGGGACACCUUUAUCCACGCCAAACAUCUCUGCUUGGUCUUUGAGCUGCUCUCGUCCAACUUGUACGAGCUCAUCAAGCAGAACGGCUUUAAGGGCUUGAGCACGAGCCUCGUGCGCGUCUUCACAGCUCAGUUGCUCGACUCAUUGACCGUUCUCAAUGAAGCCCGCCUUAUCCACUGCGAUCUCAAGCCCGAGAACAUUUUGCUGAAAACGUGAGUGGCACUGCAAUUCGCUGCGGCAAAGUCUUUCUGCUGACUUGCGAUUGCGUUUGGUCUUCAGCCUGCAAACGCCGUCCAUCAAGCUGGUUGAUUUUGGUUCUGCGUGUCACGAGAAGCAGACGGUGUACACGUACAUCCAGUCGCGCUUUUACAGGUCUCCCGAGGUCUUGCUUGGCCUGCCGUACUCGUCGAUGAUAGAUAUGUGGUCAUUGGGGUGCAUUGCUGUGGAGCUCUUCCUCGGCUUGCCCUUGUUUCCUGGAACCUCGGAAUACAACCAGAUCACUCGGAUUGUCGAGAUGCUAGGGUAAGUCGUCCGCCUUUCCAGCAUGGACUCAAGGCUGCGGAAAUUGCGUUAUACUGACAGGCGACACUCUUCCUUCAGAUUGCCGCCAUCGUACAUGCUGGACCAAGGCAAGCAAACGAGCGAGUUUUUCAACAUCGCCCAAGACGAAUGGGGUCGCAAAAGCUAUCGAUUGAAAUCAAUAGACCAGUAUCAAAAGGAGCGGAAUCCGAACCCCCCUGAGCAGCCCUCGAAGCGGUACUUUCAAGCUACCACGCUACCGGACAUUGUCAAGACUUAUCCGAUGGCACGAAAGAGCGGUAAGCCAGCUGACGUCCAAAAGGGUGAGUCGAAGCCGCUUGCUGGUCGCAAACGCCAAAAUUUGUACUGAUACGCUGUGGUUUCGCCACCAGAAAUGGCAAACCGGACGUCCUUCAUUGACUUUGUCACGGGAUUGCUGAGCAUGGAUCCAGCCCAAAGGUGGACGCCGCAGCAGGCCAAAUUGCAUCCUUUCAUCACCGGAGAAAGGUUCCUGAAGCCGUUCAAGCCGCCUGCAACACCACUGAGUCCAACGUCGUCCCUCAAGUCAAAGGCGUCCUCACCUUCGAACGAUUCAGCCAAACAUCCCUACGGCGGCCUGCCGCAGACCACUGCACAAUCUUCCGGACGGGCAUACCAAGAUGCUGCGGCGUACAAUCAGCAUCUGGCGCAACAGCAAGCAUACAACUCGGCACACCACGCGCGCCAGACACUGCCAUCUGCUUCGAACAACCCCUACGUGCAAGAUGCCACUGCGCAAGCGCAAGCUCAAGCGCAGGCCCAGGCCAAAGCUGCGGUCAAAGCCCAAGCGCACCAGCAACAGCUGCAAGCCAGCGCAUUGGCACACGCGCAUCAAGCCGCAUCUUCACCACAAGGCUUUGUCUCGCCAAGCGGGUCCGGAUCUACGAUCCAGAAUCGAAGUCGAUCGAAUACGAUGACGCGCAUGGAUGCAGUGCCUCCGCAGCUGGCAAAGAUGGGCCUGGAAGCGUCGCCCCUCUCUGGCUCUGUCGCGCUUGGAUCAACAAGGCAGUCCCUGACACCGGUCGACUCGAGAGAUUGGGAUCGCCGGCAACAGCCGCAUCUUCAGCAGAAUGGUCUUGUAGGGAUGAGUCCCGGUGGGACCGGAGCAGCAGGAGGCGGCAAGCUUCGAGGAGCAUCUCAGUACCAACCUUUGGACGCUGCGCAGCAGCAAUGGCGAGGCAAUUCGCCUCUCCAAGGCUCAGCAGGCGGCUACCUACCUUCGCAUCAGGGAGGUUCAGGGUUCUCUGUCGUCGUGGACGGACAAGAUCGCAGGUUGGUGAAUCCCCACGACCAACACGGAGCGGGGGGCAGCUCGCUUUCAGCCCUAGCAUCUCCGAGUGGAGGCUCCUCUCUGCCUAUUGCUCAGCCGCCGCCGGCUGCUUAUGCGAGUCCUUCGUCCGCGCAUGCCCAAGCAAGCAGGUUCCAGUCUUCGUCGAGUGCCCAUCAGCCGCCAGGCCAGACCUACGGAGCUGCAGGCAUGUCUUUCGACCCUUACGAUACUGGCAUCGCCCAGCUCAUGCCUGCUUUGAAGCCCACGCAAUAUCAAGGAAGUGGAGGCAGCACCGCUUCCACCCAGCGGCACUCCAUGGCACUCCUGCCCGGACAGGGUGGAAGCGGAGGCUCGAGCCACAGUCACGCCGGCGGAGCGUAUGGCAGCGGCCUUGUGCCGGGAGCGUUGCUGCCGAGUCCUAAUAUGAGCAAUCCGGACGAUGCGUUUGGCAUACUGCCUUCCUUUGACCCCAAUUCGAAGCGGCGCUACUCAUCGGCUCAAGGACAUCAAAAUUUCUAG